AAUGUCGAAAACGCAUUAUUUUAAUUACGUUGGUUUCCGUUAGUAGAUUUAGAUAGAGAUAUAUCAACAAUGAAUGAAAAAGACGUUCACCAAACGAGUACCAUUGAUAAUCUACAUUUAAUUGCCGCCAGCAUUUCCGAUACUAGUUCAAUUUAUAAUGAAAAAUUUACCUGGUACGAUUAUUCCUUCUUCACAAUUAUGUUGGCGGCGAGCGCUUUAAUUGGUGUCUACUUUGGAUUUUAUAAGAAGCAGGAAACGAUGAAGGAUUAUCUAUUCGGUGGAAAAAAUAUGGGCGUUUUACCCAUAUCCAUGUCCAUGACUGCAAAUGCUGUUUCUGGAAUAUCUCUAUUAGCAAUUCCAGCUGAUAUAUAUCGAUACGGAACCGCUUAUUGGUUUGGUUAUCCCGCAACAAUCUUAAUAGUUGUAUUGUCUUAUUUCGUUUUCUUACCCGUCUUUUUUAAAUUACAAAUCACAAGUACUUUUCAUUAUCUCAAAUUGAGAUUUGAUACUAAAACAAGACUCUUAGGAUCAUUAUUAUAUGGGAUAUAUUCGUUUUUAUAUCUUCCAAUUGUCAUUUAUGUUCCAGCUUUAGCUUUAGCUCAAGCUACAGGUCUUCAUUUACAUGUAAUAACUUGGUUGGUUUGCAUAGUUUGUAUUUUUUAUACAAGCGUGGGGGGUUUAAAAGCCGUCGUUUAUUCAGAUACAUUACAAUUUAUUUUGAUAAUGAGUAGUUUAUUAAUUGUAUUUGUGAUGGGUACUUAUAAAGCUGGGGGAAUUUGGAACGUAUUAAACAUUGCUUAUGAAAACGAACGAUUUUCAAUUCCAGCUGAUUUUGAUUUAACAAAAAGAGAUACGUUAUGGUCUGGAACUAUAGGAAUCCUUUUUACUUGGUUGUAUGGUAAUGCGAUUAAUCAAGUUUUGAUUCAGAAAUGUUUAGCUUUGCCAUCAAGAAAACAUAUAAAAACAAGCUUGAUUCUUUAUUGUAUUGGUAUAUUUAUAAUAGGAACGUUAUGCGUUACGAACGGUUUAUUAAUUUACGCUUAUUUUUGGAAUUGUGACCCAGUUGAAUCUGGAAUUUUAGAAAAACACGAUCAAUUAAUCCCAUUCUAUAUCAUAAAUAUUUUAAAAAUACCUGGGUUACCCGGAUUAUUUAUAGCCGGAAUUUUUAGUGCAGCUUUAAGCACAUUAUCAGGAAGUAUGAACGGCCUCUCAGGAACUAUUUACGAAGAUUUUAUCGGACCAAGACUAUCAAAGAAAAUAAGCGAAUCCACCAAAAGUAAAAUUCUAAAAUUAAUCGCCGUUUUAAUCGGUGCUAUUUGUACUGUUUUGGUAUCCGUUGUUGAACAUUUAGGUGGAAUUUUAGCACUUUCAAAUAGUUUAUUAGGUGUUACAACGGGAACUAUUGUUGGAUUAUUCUCUGUUGGGAUGUUAAUUCCAAUGGUUAAUUCUAAGGGUGCUUAUUAUGGUGGGUUAACAACAUUAACUAUUAUGACCGUAAUAGUUGGUGGGUAUCAGUGGAAUCAAAGUCAAGGAAACUUGGUUUACCCAACUUUACCCAUCUCAGUGGAAGGUUGUUCUAAUUCGAGUAUAUUAUUGGAAAAUCUUAAUAAAACGUAA